AUGAUUCGAGAGCAGGAGAGCUGGGAUUCUUUAAUGGCGCAAGAGGAGAAGAGAGAUCAAGGAAAGGAAAGGGAGGAAGAAGAGGAAGAGGACGAGAAGAUGAAGGACUUCUAUAGGCUUAUGGAGAGGAUUCGAGCAACGAGGGAGCUGUGGAAGGCAGCGGCGCCGACGGAGAGGCCGAGGAAGCCGGAAACAUUGCUGUGGAAGCCGGCGUUUGAGUGGGAGGAUUUCGCGUCGAAAGGGAGCUCGGAGGUUAGAGACGAUGGGAUGAGUAGUCAUCAAGAGAAUUUGGAGCAUGGAAAGGAUUGCUCUCUUGAUCUCAGCCUUGGAUUGUAAUCGAAUAUUAUAUGCAUCACAUAUGUAAGGAUCUGUCAAUGUAAUAUUUUCUUGCAACCCUGU